CUAGUGAUGGACAGCACCUCUUCUUCCCCUUCCCCGUUCUCUGCCAGCUGCCCCACGGAGCAGCCUGACAACGCCACUGACCAUGACUACUACUCAGGCCUGCAGAAGGCCAUGCACAUCCUCUCCAUGGUGGUGUACAGCAUCGCCUGUUUGCUGGGGGUGUCAGGGAACGGCCUCGUCAUUUGGAUUGCAGGCUUCAAGAUGAAGAAGACAGUGAAUUCCAUCUGGUUCCUCAACCUGGCCAUAGCUGACUUCAUCUUUACCUUCUUCCUGCCCCUCAGCAUCGCCUACACAGCCCUGGGCUUCCACUGGCCGUUUGGGAAGCUUCUGUGCAAGCUGAACAGCACCAUGGCCUUCCUCAACAUGUUUGCCAGCGUCUUCCUCCUGACGGUGAUCAGCAUGGACCGCUGCGUUUCUGUGGCCUUCCCCGUCUGGUCUCACAACCACAGGAGCCCGGAGCUGGCAGCCAGGAUCGCGCUGGGGACGUGGCUCCUGGCUGUCCUGCUCAGCUCCCCAUACCUUGUCUUUCGGGACACCCUGGUCAGCUCCAGGAAUGUUACCAGCUGUUACAAUAAUUUUGCACUCUCCGAUGAUUACACAUUGGAGGAGACGCGCAGGCUGUGGAGGAUGCGGCACAAAGUGAUGAUCGUCACGCGGUUCUUAUGUGGCUUCCUCAUCCCCUUCAUGGUGAUUCUCAUCUGCUACAGCGUCGUGGCUGUCAAGCUGAAAAGAAGGCAGUUGGCCAACUCUGCAAAGCCCUACAGAAUCAUCAUUGCUGUCACAGUCUCGUUUUUCCUCUGUUAUUUCCCAUAUCAUGUCUUCUCCUUGCUGGAAAUAUCCAACAACUCUUCCAGCCAUGAGAUGAAACUGGCCCUUUACAUAGGGAUCCCCUUGGUUUCCAGCCUUGCUUUCUUCAACAGCUGCAUCAACCCCAUCCUGUACGUCUUUGUGGGGCCGGAUUUCAAGGAGAAGUUUCGCCAGUCCAUCCUGUCCACCUUCGAGGGGGCCCUCAGCGAGGAGUCGGUCCUGGGCAGCCUGACCGGCCGGCGCAAGUCCAGGUCUGCCUCAGAAGUGGAGGUGCCGAGGGUCUGA